AUGGCCGCACUCUGGGAGAACAAUGGGCAGGCGGGCCAGUUUCCCCUCGAGCAAUGGUUCUACGAAAUGCCGCCCGUAACUCGAUGGUGGACGGUGGCCACGGUGGCCACCUCGGUGCUGGUGCAGUGUCACGUCGUGACCCCGUUCCAGCUCUUCUAUAGCUUCCGCGCUGUCUACGCCAAGUCGCAGUACUGGCGGCUGUUUACCACUUUCCUAUAUUUCGGCCCACUCAACCUCGAUCUAUUAUUCCAUGUCUUCUUCCUGCAGCGGUACUCACGUCUCCUGGAGGAAUCCUCCGGCCGCUCACCGGCGCAAUUUGCCUGGCUGAUCUUCUAUGCCAUGACCUCGCUCCUGGUCAUCUCCCCGUUUCUGUCGCUGCCGUUUCUGGGCACUGCGCUCUCGUCUAGCCUGGUUUAUAUCUGGGCGCGCCGCAACCCGGAGACUCGUCUGAGCUUCCUGGGUCUCUUGGUGUUUACGGCCCCCUACCUGCCCUGGGUGUUGAUGGCGUUCAGUUUGAUCGUGCACAAGAUCGUGCCCAAGGACGAGAUCUGUGGUGUCGUCGUCGGCCAUAUCUGGUACUUUUUCAAUGACGUCUACCCGUCCCUGCAUGGCGGUCAUCGUCCGCUCGACCCGCCCAUGUGGUGGCGGCGUCUGUUUGAGUCCCGGGAGGCCGAUGAGACGCGCACAACUGAUGCGACCAAUGUGAACCGUGAAUUCGCGGCGGCUGCCGCGCCCGAGGUCCGAUGA